UGGCUGCUUCUCUUCUUAAUGGCUUCCCUCUCUCUAUUUAGCAGCACUAAAGAGUGGGGGUACACAGGACACUAAAGUUUAGAUCUUUAUGUGUCUAGAGCUUGAGUUGUUCUUCAUUGAGCUCUUUCUCUAGAUUGCAUAUAGGUUUGAGUGUUGAAGCUUUAAAAUGGGGAGAUAUUCAACACCCUUUGUGGGUCUUCUUCUGCUGUUUUGUCUGGUUUCAUCUUCCGAGGCAGAGUAUUUGAAGUAUAAAGACCCUAAGGUGCCACUUAAUGUCAGAAUCAGUGACUUAAUGAAGCGAAUGAGUCUGGAAGAAAAGAUAGGCCAGAUGACACAGAUUGAAAGGGAAGUUGCUACUCCCGAUGUGAUAAAGAAGUACUUCAUUGGGAGUGUUCUCAGUGGGGGAGGCAGUGUUCCAGCACCAAAGGCUUCUGCUGAGACUUGGCAGAAAAUGGUGAAUGAGAUGCAGAUAGCAGCAUUGUCUACUCGCCUUGGAAUUCCGAUGAUCUAUGGAAUAGAUGCAGUUCAUGGCCACAACAAUGUCUACAAUGCUACAAUUUUCCCUCACAAUGUUGGGUUAGGAGUUACCAGGGAUCCAGUGCUCAUAAAAAAGAUUGGUGAUGCAACUGCUCUUGAAGUUAGAGCAACAGGAAUUCCAUAUGUCUUUGCUCCAUGUAUUGCGGUCUGCAGAGAUCCAAGAUGGGGACGUUGCUAUGAAAGCUACAGUGAAGACUAUAGAGUUGUUAGAACUAUGACUGAGAUUAUACCUGGCUUGCAAGGAGAUAUCCCUGCCAAUUCCGUCAAGGGAGUUCCCUUUGUUGCUGGAAAGAACAAGGUUGCAGCUUGCGCCAAGCACUAUGUGGGAGAUGUUGGCACAAACAAUGGUAUCAAUGAGAACAACACAUUGAUCAAUUACAAUGGAUUGCUUGGCAUUCACAUGCCAGCAUACUAUAACUCUAUUAUCAAGGGUGUUUCAACAGUAAUGAUCUCAUACUCUAGUUGGAACGGGGUGAAAAUGCACGCUAACCGAAAACUUAUCACUGGUUACCUCAAGAACAAAUUACGUUUCAGGGGUUUUGUCAUAUCAGAUUGGCAGGGUAUUGACCGGAUCACCUCUCCACCUCAUGCCAACUAUUCAUACUCUGUUCAAGCUGGUGUCAGUGCUGGAAUUGACAUGAUUAUGGUUCCCUUCAACUACACUGAGUUCAUUGAUGAAUUGACCCGUCAAGUAAAGAACAAUAUUAUCCCAAUUAGCAGGAUUGAUGAUGCCGUGGCAAGAAUCUUAAGAGUAAAAUUUGUCAUGGGGUUAUUUGAAAAUCCACUUCCUGAUCCAAGCCUUGUAAACCAACUGGGUAAACAGGAACACCGGGAGUUAGCAAGGGAAGCUGUGAGGAAAUCCCUUGUGUUGCUAAAGAAUGGUAAAUCUUCUAAGAAGCCCCUGCUUCCUCUUCCCAAAAAGUCUGCAAAAAUACUGGUAGCAGGAAGUCAUGCUGACAAUUUGGGCUACCAAUGUGGAGGAUGGACAAUUACCUGGCAGGGACUUAGUGACAAGAAUCUCACUUCAGGUACAACCAUCCUCAGUGCUGUGAAACAAACUGUGGACCCUGCCACUGAAGUUGUCUUCAAUGAAAAUCCUGAUGCGAACUUCGUUAAGUCAAACAAAUUUUCCUAUGCCAUUGUUGUUGUGGGAGAACCCACCUAUGCUGAAACAUUUGGUGACAGUUUGAAUCUAACUAUACCUGAGCCUGGUCCAAGUACAAUCACCAAUGUAUGUGUGGCCAUUCGUUGUGUAGUUGUUGUCAUCAGUGGCCGCCCAGUUGUGAUUCAGCCAUAUCUAUCAAAAAUCGAUGCACUUGUGGCUGCAUGGCUUCCAGGAACUGAAGGCCAAGGUGUCGCUGAUCUUCUAUUUGGUGAUUAUGGAUUCACCGGCAAGCUUGCAAGAACAUGGUUCAAGACAGUUAACCAACUUCCAAUGAAUGUUGGUGAUAAACAUUAUGAUCCUCUCUUUCCAUUUGGAUUUGGGUUGACUACAAACCUCACUAAGUAUUGAAAAUGAAAACUGAUAUUUUGAUGUAUUAGUAUGAAAAAGGGCAGCCCUUUUGCACUAGGAGAGCCUUGAAAUUGUCCAUUGAUGAGGAUUUUGUUAACUUAUGCUCAUCUGGUGUAUAAAUUGAACCAGAAGCUUCAAAACAUGAAUUCAAUGUCAACCAUUGCAGACUUUUCAUUUU